CCCUGGCCUGGGACUUGCCAGGGGGACCAGAGCUGGGCGUAGCGAAUAUCAGACAGCCAGCAACCACAUGCACCGCCGCCCCAACCCGUUCUCUGCAGACCCUCGACCGCGUCCCUCGAACCCCCCUCGAAGCCUGGCCCAAGUUCUCCAGAAGGCCCCUCCGCGGGCCUCGCCGUCGCUGUGCCACAAUGGCUUCCCUCAAGCAGUUUAUCCGCAACGUGCGCGCGGCCAAGACCAUCGCGGACGAGCGAGCUGUCAUCCAGAAGGAGAGCGCCUCCAUCCGCGCAAGUUUCCGCGAGGAGAGCGGCGAUCACAGCGUGAGGCGGAACAAUGUCUCUAAGCUCCUCUACCUCUUUACCCUCGGCGAGAGGACACACUUCGGCCAGAUCGAGUGUCUGAAGCUGCUGGCCUCGCCGCGGUUCGCCGACAAACGCCUCGGGCACCUGGCCACGAGCCUGCUGCUUGAUGAGAACCAGGAAGUUCUCACGCUGGUCACCAAUUCCCUCAAGAACGACCUCACACACUCCAACCAGUACGUCGUGGGCCUCGCCCUCUGCACGCUGGGAAAUAUCGCUUCGGUCGAAAUGUCGCGAGACCUGUUCCCCGAGAUCGAGAACCUUGUAUCGACCGCCAACCCGUACAUCCGGAGAAAGGCCGCCCUGUGCGCCAUGCGGAUAUGUCGCAAGGUGCCGGACCUGCAGGAGCACUUUAUCGAAAAGGCUACACAGCUUCUGUCAGAUCGCAACCACGGCGUGCUGCUCUGUGGCUUGACCCUCGUGAUCAGCCUGUGUGAAGUCGACGAGGACGAAGACGAGGGCGGUAACGAGGAGGGUAUGAUAGAGAAGUUCCGUCAGUUCGUGCCUGGGCUGGUGCGCACCCUCAAGAGCUUGGCCUCGUCAGGAUACGCGCCCGAGCACGACGUCACAGGCAUCACGGACCCGUUCCUGCAGGUCAAGGUCCUACGCCUGUUGAGGGUGCUCGCCCGCGGUGACGCCCAGGUCAGCGAGCAGAUCAACGACAUCCUGGCUCAGGUUGCCACCAACACCGACUCGUCCAAGAACGUGGGCAACUCGAUCCUGUACGAGGCUGUGCGCACCAUUCUCGAUAUCGAGGCCGACUCGGGCCUGCGCGUGCUCGGCGUCAACAUCCUCGGCAAGUUCCUGACCAACAGAGAUAACAACAUCCGCUACGUCGCUCUCAACACCCUCGUCAAGGUCGUCGCCAUAGAACCCAAUGCAGUGCAGCGGCAUCGCAACACUAUCCUCGAGUGUCUACGCGACCCUGACAUCAGCAUCAGGAGGCGUGCCCUCGAGCUGAGCUUCACGCUGAUCAAUGAGGGCAACGUGCGCGUCCUGAUUCGCGAGCUUCUGGCCUUCCUCGAGGUCGCCGACAAUGAGUUCAAGCCCACAAUGACUAGCCAGAUCGGCAUCGCCGCCGACAAGUUUGCGCCCAACAAGCGCUGGCACGUCGACACCAUGUUGAGAGUACUGACCCUGGCAGGCAACUACGUGAAGGAACCCAUCCUAUCAUCGUUUAUCCGGCUCAUUGCCACGACCCCCGAGCUCCAGACAUAUGCGGUACAGAAGCUAUACACCAACCUAAAGAAGGACGUGACCCAGGAGAGUCUGACGCAGGCCGGUGCCUGGUGUAUCGGCGAGUACGGCGAGGCACUGCUUCGCGGUGGGCAGAUGGAGGACCAGGAGCCGGUGAAGCCAGUGCGUGAGCACGAGAUUAUCGACCUGUUCUCGACGGUGCUCAACAGCAACUACGCCACCCAGGUGACGACCGAAUACAUCGUCACGGCCCUCGUGAAGUUGACAACAAGAUUAUCAGACGCGGCCCAGAUGGAGAGAGUGCGCCGUCUGCUGCAGGCCCACCAGACUAGCCUUGACGUCGAGAUCCAGCAGCGCGCUGUAGAGUACAUCAACCUGCUGGGCUACGAGCAGAUCCGCAACGGCGUACUCGAGAAGAUGCCGCCGCCGCAGAUUAAGGAGUCGUCCAGGGUGCUGGGAGAGGCGACCAAGAAGCCCGCAAAGGCUUCGCGCAAACCCAAGGUGGUCAAGCCAAAGGAGGAGGACCUCCUCUUCGACCUCAUGGGUGACAGCAGCGCCCCGGUGACGUCGCCGGCCAGCGGCGGCCAGAACAAUGCCGACUUGCUCGCAGACAUCCUUGGCGGUGCCACUUCAGCGCCACCUGCUGGAUCCGUCUCCUCGCCCAUGGCGGCCCAGCAGUCUAAUGUAGCCUCGAUAAUGGACCUCUUUGGCCCCGGCCCGUCGACGCCGUCCCCUGCCCCUGCCCCUGCGGCAGCGGCCGCCGCCGCGCCGCCCGCAGCAUCUGCGAGUAUGGAUCUGUUUGGGGCUGUGUCGACCCCACCCCCUCAGGCCCAAGCCGCAGCGCCGGCGCCCCCGGUGGGCCACCCGUGCUACGACGGCAACGGACUCAACGUGACGAUACAGACGCAGCGCAAUGCCGAGGGUGCUAUCCAGGCCAUGGCACGCUUCCGCAACUCGGGCGGAGCGUCUCUUUCCGACGUCGGCCUCCAGGCGGCCGUGCCCAAGUCACAAAAGCUCCAGCUGCUUAGCAUCUCGACCCCCCAGGUGGACCCGGGUGUUGAGGCAACACAGUUAAUGAGGGUCCUAGGCUGCAAAGGGCCGUUGCGACUUCGUCUGAGGAUAGCGUACACGCACCCCACGGCCGGGCAGGUCAUGGAGCAGGUGAACUGGGCCGAGCCAGCAUGAGAAAAGCGAUUUCGGCACGUCCUGGCUUUGUUUUUUUUCCCCCAUCAUUUACGCUAGCAAGAUGAGUUGAAUGUUAUAUCUUGGAACCCUGCGUCGUCUAAAGUCGUCUGUCAAGUCCUUGUUUUGUGAGCGGGAUGGUUUGUGAAAAAGCGCCUACAGGGCAAGGGGGAUUGUAAAAUCAAAAUACCAAAAACUUAGUAUACCUGAUCAUGAGCACAAUAGCUGCUUCCAUCUCAUGACAUUGAAGGCUGCAUAUUGAUGUGGAGUACACUGCUGGUCUAGCCUUUUCCACCGAG